AUGCCUGCCACCAAUGAUGGGUGGCCAGAGGCGUUUGGCUUUAAGGUCCGUGGCAACGGUCCCUGCUACAUCUUGGCUGUGGAAGAAGGCAGCAGCGCCCAGGUGGCCGGCCUCCAGCCAGGAGACCAGAUUUUGGAGAUCGAGGGGCAGCCUGUUUCCUCCAUGAAUGCGGAGGCCCUGGCGGUCCUGGCAAGGCGGUGUGAGAACGUCCCCCCGAGCAUUGGCGUGGUCUCUCGUGUCCAGCAAGUGGACCUCCCCCUGGGGCCGGAGGGACACUUUGGCUUCACCUUGACUUGUGAUGUGGGCGAUCCCAUGCAGGUGGAGAGCGUGGCUCCAGACUCACCUGCUGCCAAAUGGGGGAUCAAAGUGGGUGACUAUGUCCUGGAAGUCAAUGGCGUUUCUGUCCAGUGUCAUGAAGAUGCGGCUGCCGCGAUCCAAUCCUGCCGGGAUCACGGUCUACGGCUGGGACUGCUGCGGCUGGGGCGGCUCCGGCGGUGGACCAGCCACAGCGUGGAGGAGUUUCUCCAGAGCGCAGAUGCUGUGCAUCAGGAAAGGAGGCAGAAGGCUCAGGAGUUCAGCAAGAAGGUGCAGGAGAUCCUGGGUGACCAGCCCAACGUGAGAGAGAAGAUGGUCACAUCUCUCAAGCAGUUCGCUGCUGAGCGGAAGGUGGACUAUUUGGCUCACGCCCUUUCCCUCAUCCUCAUUAAGGAUUCCCACCAGCUGCUCCUGGACCACAUCAGGAUCUUCAUCCCCCGGAAGCACCGGCAGCGCUUCGACGAGGUGGUGUCCCAGAGCCUCAUCAGCAAGCUGUGCCGGGCGAAGCGGGAGCCGCCGGCCCACCGCCUGAGGCGCAGCCGCAGCGAGGACCGCCCCGAGCGCCUGCUCGCCUCCGCCCGGGCCAGCUCGGCGCCCCGCAGCCGCGAGGAGAGCGGCCGCGGCUCGAGGAGGUCGGCCGCUCCGACCAGCAGCAGCGUAGGGACCGGGGCGGCUUGCAGAACCGUCCGUGUCCACAAGGGCAGCAGAAGCUUUGGGUUCACGCUACGUGGCCAUGCCCCGGUGUGGAUCGAGUCCAUCCUGCCUGGGAGUCCAGCGGACAAAGCCUCCCUGAGAGCUGGCGACAGGAUCUUGUUCCUUAAUGGCCUGGAUAUGAGGAACUGUUCCCAUGAGAAGGUCGUCUCCAUGCUCCAAGGCAGCGGGGCAAUGCCCACCCUUGUGGUUGAAGAAGGCAUUGUUAGCUUUUCCAGCGAUGGUGAAUCAUCAGAAACACCCAGCUCCUCCUCUGCACUCACCUCUUUGCAGUGGGUCGCUGAGAUCCUGCCCUCCAGCAUCAAGAUCCAGGGAAGGACCUUCCACCAGCAGCUGGAACAUCUGCUCACCCCAGCAGAGCGGUACACAGUAUGCAGAGCCCUGGAGAGCUUCUUCCAGCACAGAAACAUUGACACCCUGAUUGUGGAUGUCUACCCUGUCCUGGACACGCCUUCCAAGCAGGUGAUCUGGCAGUUCGUCUACCAGCUGCUAACCUACGAGGAGCAGGGCCACUGCCAGCAGAAGAUUGCCAGGUUCCUCGGCUACAAGUCCUUGGCAAGGGGGCCAUCGGAUCCAGCUACAGCCGAGCCAAGUGUGGAUGAACCGCCUCGCAGCUCCAUACGGACUGGCCCAGGGGGCUGGAAGAGUCUGCACGGCCACAGCCCCGAGGAUGGAGAACCCAGGGGUUCCAGUGAAGCCGGUGACAUGCCAGGCUGUUUAGCUCCUGGAGAGCGCCAAGCAGGUGAUGGAACUUCUCUUCCAGAGACCCCCAACCCCCAAAUGAUGUCGGCAGUCUAUGCCGAAUUGGAAAGCCGCCUGACUGCUGGUUUGGGAGGGAGGCUGGGCCACCUGCCUGUGCGUCGGGCAUCAUCCUGGGUUCCAGAGCCAACAGGUGCCCGGAAAUCAGGUCUGACUAUUUCCUGGCAGAAUGAUCCUGCCCAGCAGCCUUGCUAUUACCGCUCGCCUGGUGGCCUCCCUUCCCCCAGCAGCACAGACUCGAACCCAUACGUUAGCCUGGACAGCAGCCCAGCCCUGUCGCCCAAGCUGAGCCCCCCAUCUCGCCAGAGGAAGCUGUUCACCUUCUCGCGGCCGCCACGCAGCAGGGACACAGACCGCUUCCUGGACGCGCUGAGCGAGCAGCUGGGGCACCGGAUCACUCUCGUGGAUGACUUCCUCACGCCUGAGAACGAUUAUGAGGAGAUGAGUUUCCACGAUGACCAGGGCAGCUACGUUGCCCACGACCGGAGCAGUGCCAGCGAGGGCUUGAGCAGCAGCGAAAGGAGUUCCCUGACUUACUCCAUCUUGUCUGACCACGUCCCCCCACCUCCCAUCAGCCCACCCCCCAUACCUCCGCAGCUCCAUGAGGCCAAGGAGGAGUCCAGGGCCCCGGAGGCUGCCCAGAGCACUUCCUCCCGCCCCCAUCCCACAGCCCAGCUGGUCCCCCCUCCCCCUCCCCCUCCUCCCCCCCCCUCCCCCCCUCCCCCAAUGCUCUGUGUGCCCCCCACAAUGCCGCAAGGAAUUGUUCACCGCAGGAGCGAGUCCCACCACAUGAGCGUCAAGCGGCUGCGCUGGGAGCAGGUGGAAAAUUCGGAAGGCACCAUCUGGGGGCAGCUUGGGGAGGAUUCGGACUAUGACAAGCUGAGUGACAUGGUCAAGUACCUGGACCUAGAGCUGCAUUUCGGAACCCAGAGGCCGGCAAAGCCAAGCCCCUUCCCGGAGUCCCUUAAAAAAAAGCACGUGGUUGAGAUUCUGUCACACAAAAAGGCCUACAACACAGCCAUCUUGAUUGCUCACCUCAAGCUCUCCCACACCGAGCUGCGCCAGACCCUCCUGAGCAUGGAGAGCGACCGCUUGGAAGCCUCCCACGUCAAGCAGCUGUUGCUGUACGCGCCGGACGCCGAGGAGGUGCAGCGCUUCCGCAGCUACCAGGGUGACCCCAGCAAGCUGAGCGAGCCGGACCAGUUUGUCCUGCAGAUGCUUUUGGUGCCUGAAUAUAAAACUCGCCUGUGCAGCCUUCACUUCAAGGCCACCCUGCAGGAGAAGGUGGAGGAGAUUUCAGCCAGCUAUGAGUGCAUCUACAAUGCUUCCCUGGAACUGAAGAAUAGCAAGAAGCUGGCAAAAAUCUUGGAGUUUGUGCUGGCCAUGGGGAACUACCUAAACCAUGGGCAACCCAAAACCAACAAAACAACCAGCUUUAAAAUCAACUUCCUUACAGAGCUGAACACAACAAAAACAGUUGAUGGGAAAUCCACUUUUCUGCAUAUUCUUGCCAAAUCGCUCAGCCAACAUUUCCCAGAACUCCUAGGCUUUGCCAAGGAUUUGCCCACAGUGCCACAUGCUGCCAAAGUGAAUCAGAGAACAUUAACAGCUGACCUCGGUGACCUUCAUCACACCAUCAAUGAGAUUGAGAUCGCCUGCCAGAAUAUGGUGCCUUCAUCACCUGAGGACAGAUUUGUGCCUGUGAUGGAUGCCUUCCUGGAGAGCGCAGAUUCCACCGUACGAUCCCUUGGUGAUCUCCAGCAUAAAGCCAUGGAAGAAUUCAGGAAAGUCUUAUCCUUCUUUGGGGAAGACUCCAAAGUCACAACUUCCGAAGGAUUUUUUGGCAUUUUUGCUGAGUUCAUGAGCAAAUUUGAGCGGGCCUUCAGCGAUGUGCAGGCCGGUGAGCCCCUGGGCAGUCCGAAGAUGACCCUCCCUCGCCUGGUGACCGGACAGUUCAAGUGAGAAUGCAGCACGGUGCUUUCUUGCCCACGGAGAGCAGCUGCUUCUGGUCCAGUCCGGUGGUCAGUGCAAAGCUGUUGCGCCUCAGCAUGGAAGAAGCAUUGCUGGAGACCAGCAGAGGGGCAUUUCUGUGGAAAUUGCAUCUCUCAGAAAGAGAGAGGGGCUGGCUGCAGAUUUCUAAAAACUUCUCCACGCCAGAGACAUCUCUCUUUCACAUGGAUAUUCCUUGGUUUGGUAAACCUGUGUGCUAGAAUCCAAGAUGCAAAGACAAAGCUGGCCUUCCGUUCCUCCCACUUUUUAUGGCCUUUCUGAAAAUUCCUUUAUUUCAGGGAGCUGUGAUGAAGUCUGCAUAUGGCAUUUGAGAGCAGCCAACCAGUUCAGGGGUGCCAUUUCUGCCACCCAGCCUUUCUGGGAAACGCUGAGUGCCCCAAAUCAAAGUCAGGCAUGGACUGGUGGCUGGAUGGUCCCUUUGCCCCAAGAGGAGCUGACCUCCUCCUCCUCCUCCUCCUGCAUCCUGGACUCGAGGCAUCUAUGCCUGUGGUGCAAAGAUAGCCAGCAAGUCUUAACCUUUUGUUCCAGUCAGUCGCUUGGGAAAAUAGGUUCCUAAAGGAAGUGAUCCCCACAGGCAGGAGUAAAUGCAGGAUGGCGGCUGAGGCCUUCUCUCCAGAGCUGGGCGGCAGCAAUGGUGGGGAAGUCCCCCAGCCAGCCCAGCUCCUGCUCAGCAGAAGCUCUGAUGCCUGCUCCACCCCGGCUCCCGCUAUCCUGUCCCUGGGUCAAAUCUGUGGGAGCACAGUAGUGUACGUUCGUGCGUUGGCCACUUUAUUUGUUAGAUUGCCUUCUCACCAUUCCUCCUCAGCUUCUGAGAGGGGCGCCAUUCAUUUUAUCCCUAAGCAGUGAUCCUGUGACAGAAGUGGAGCUAGAAGAGAGACAGAUGCCAAGUCGCUCAGUGAGUUUUCAUGGAUAAGGCUGGACCUGAACCCGCAUCUCUCCAGUCCUAGCCUAGCAUCUGAACCACCACACCAUAGUGAUUAAGAUCAGGAUUCUGGCAAGCUUCCCUCAGAUUGGCAGAGAGUGAGCUCAUUGGACCAGGGAGAUGCUCCGGUCGGUUUGGUGCCCCCAGCGGGCACCCAGCCAAGCCUUUCCCUUAGCCCCUGGAUGGAGAUUCUUUGAGCUGGAAAUGAAAAACAGGCCUCCUCUGACAGCAGCCCAGCAGCCCAGCAUCUCCCUGCCCCACCUUGUCUGCCCUUGAGAUCAGUAGUAGUGACUUCACUGUGGCGUGGGCAAAACCAAGACCAACAACAACGCUGGGCCUUAGUGGGCUCUGACCCACUCUUCUUCUUCUUUAAAGGCCCCAGUCCAGUCAUACCUUGCUGAGCGUUCUUGUUUCACAGCUUGGUGCCAGGUAGCACCUUCAGUAUGGAAAGAAGUUACUUGGGCUUUUUCCUUUGGGGUGUAUUUUGAUGUGUCACUCACAUUGGCCCUCUUUGUUCUGGGUGAUAUGUACAGAGCUCAGCUCAUAUUUUCAAAGAGCUGCAAUUACGUAUUUCAAGGUUAUUUUAUGACGACGACGAUGACUGACCCAGUUCUGCUCUUCUGGUAACUUUGCAAGGCCGUGGGGAGGAGCUAAGCUCUUCCUCUGG